UGUCACCGGGCACCGGAGGAAGAUGAUUUUACAGCGAGGUCCGUAAAGCUUGUCGCCACGGGCCCGGUAAAGAUAUCCACCAAAGUUGUCUCACUUCACGCUCCAUGGCUGCACCCUGACACUUAUCAUCUGUUCAACCUCUUUCCACCAUCCCCCCCCCAUCAAGCUCCUCUGCCCUCCUCCUCAACCUGUGGCCUAUUUAUACCCUGGAGACCGAAAGAGCCCAUUACAGCUCUGUGAACCUCUUCAGGAAGACACAACUGAGACCAUGAAUCCCAUCUGAUUUUAAGGUUCAGCAUCGUUUUUUCAACAACUUUACAUGAGGAACACAAGAUAGGACUAACGGAAUUUCUUCGUGAAGAGGACAGUUUUGCAGAUUUGGGAAAUUCUGGAUGCAGCAUGUUCUCGCGUACACAGACUGGAGGUUCUGCACUAUUUUGUUGAGAUACAGGAAACCAGCAUUCAUAACGUUGUUUUUUUUACUCAGUUGUCUAAAAAGUUAUGAGCUUUGGUCAAUGACACUGAAAUACUUUUUCUCUCAAAAUGGCUCACACCUGAAGUCCUCCACUACCCCCAGCCAUGAGCUAAGCCAACGCCACCCUGGGCAUCCCUUGCAGGAUGACUGCUGUCUGCCCCUCGGAGAGCAGCCCAGAGGGGGCUGAAGCUGGGGCUGGGACAGCAGGCUCAAGGGGGCGCGGGCCAGCAGGCACAGCUGGGAGCAUCUCAGUCUCUGGGGCAGAGACUGCAGAGUCUAAUGGAGACUCUGUCGGAGGUUCAGUUGGAGGUACAGCUGUGGUCCCUGGGGGCCAGAGGUACAGCCGCUGGAGCCGCCAGGACAGCUCCGACAUCAACACAGAUGACGAAGGAGCUACUGUCCGCCGCCUCACUCCUCUGGAGAGACUGAAUCUGGACAUGUGCCAGGACGACAGGGUGGUCCGUGAGCUAACAGUGGGAAGGAGAAUCGGCUUCUACAAAAUUCGAGGGGAGAUCGGCUGUGGAAAUUUCUCCCAUGUCAAGUUAGGAAUCCAUGCCCUCACCAAAGACAAAGUGGCCAUAAAGAUCCUAGAUAAAACAAAGCUGGAUCAGAAGACUCAGCGACUUCUGUCCAGAGAGAUCUCUAGCAUGGAGAAACUUCACCAUCCCAACAUCAUACGCCUCUAUGAGGUGGUGGAGACGUUGUCACGGUUACACCUGGUGAUGGAGUAUGCAGGGGGAGGGGAGCUCUACGCAAAGAUUACGACAGAGGGGAAACUCUCUGACACCGAAAGCAAGAUUGUUUUCUCUCAGAUCCUCUCUGCUGUCAAACACAUGCAUGAAAACAACAUCAUCCACAGGGACCUGAAAGCAGAAAAUGUGUUCUACACCAGCAGCUCCUGUGUCAAGGUGGGGGACUUUGGCUUUAGCACGCUGAGCCCCCGCAGUGAGACCCUCAACACAUUCUGCGGCUCUCCUCCUUACGCUGCGCCGGAGCUCUUUCGGGAUGAGCACUAUGUCGGCAUCUUUGUAGACAUCUGGGCCUUGGGGGUGAUGCUGUUCUUUAUGGUGACAUGCACCAUGCCGUUCAGGGCAGACACUGUGCCCAAACUGAAGCGGUGCAUUCUGGAGGGAGCCUACAUCCUGCCCUCCUGGGUGCCAGAGGCAUGCCAGCGGCUGAUCAGGGGAAUCCUCCAACCCAUACCAUCUGACCGCUGUACAGUGGAGCAGAUGAUGGGCUGUGAGUGGCUGCUCCCAGUGGACUUCCCACAUGCCAUGGAGCCCUUCAAACUAGACCCAUCCUACCUAGCAGAAAGUGAUCCAUCUGAACUAGUAGAGGAAGAGAAAGAGGUGAAAGCAGCACUGGAAACAUUGGGAAUCAGCUCAGAGCAUAUCCUCAACAACCAAGGAAAAGACUGCAGGAGCUCCAUCACAGGGAUCUAUAGGAUCCUGCUACACCGUGCUCACAGGAAAAGGGCUGUUGUGAGCAUGCCUGUGGUCCCACAGGUAGUCAGACCAAAAAAACAGAGUAAAAAGGAACGGCUAAAAGGGUAUCGUAGUCUAGGGCACACAUCUAAGCUCUGUGUGAUUCUGUGACUAAAUGUUCUGCUUUGCUCUGGAAAUGAUUUCACUUCAUAACUGAGAUGAGGAUGCAUGGAUUUUAUUAGAAAUGCAAAACAAAGGUGCUUUUCAGUCCAGCAGUUUAACUUACACCCUUACUCAGCUCCUAAACAAACUGCAUUUCUUCCUAGAGUAUCUUUCUUCUAGUAAGUAAUAUUAGUCUCUGUGAGAAUGUUGCUGUUGAUGAAUCAUGAGUGUAUCCUUUUUGACAAGGACCUACUCAUGAGAGAUGGAAAUGUUGUGAAAUACAUUUACAAAUUAAUAUUAUGAUGAUUAGAGAGCUUCUUUGGUAAUGCUUUUCAUUGAGGUCCUUGAAAUAAGUAUUACCUAUUAGAUAAAAAGUCCUUUAUAAGAUGCAUAUUAACAUUUGCUAAUAAGGAUAUAUGAAUGUUUGUAGCAAUAUUAACACGUUUAAUGUUAGGUUAUAAGACAUUGUUCUUACUCAAGUUUGGCAAAAAGUGUUUUUUUAUAUUAAGCACAUUGCUAAAUGCUAAUGAGGGCAAAAUAAAGUAUGCCGAAUAAAUGUGUUUUAUUAACACUUAUAGUGGUAUUUAACACAUGAUAAUGUCAAAAAGCAUUUUAUAAGGCCCAACAGGGGCCCUAUUACCUAUGAAUGCUUAUUACAAGGACCUUACAAUUAAGCAUUCCCACAACUUUGCAUGAGACAUGGAGGCUAUAUAUGUAUAGCCCAUCCAUUCAAUGCUUAGUGCUGGAACACCAAUAAACCCUAUGAGACAUGAAUGUAGCAUAAAUCUUAAUGAAAAAAGUUAGAAAUCCACAACAUAAUGCUGAGGUGAUGAAGUGGUGAAA